GCGCGGCGUGGAGCCAGGGCUCAGGCUGGUGGAGCGGCCGGAGCUGGAGGCUGGGAGUGCGGCGCGCACGGCCUCCCCGCGCCAUUAUCCGCGCUCGCUACGGGCGAGGCCGGCGCCAGGAUGGCAGAGAUGGGGAGCAAGGGGGUGACGGCGGGGAAGAUCGCCAGCAACGUACAGAAGAAACUGACCCGAGCUCAGGAGAAGGUCCUGCAGAAACUGGGGAAGGCGGAUGAGACGAAGGACGAGCAGUUUGAACAGUGCGUCCAGAAUUUCAAUAAGCAGCUGACAGAGGGUACCCGGCUGCAGAAGGAUCUUCGGACCUACCUGGCUUCUGUUAAAGCCAUGCACGAAGCCUCCAAGAAGCUGAGUGAGUGUCUCCAGGAGGUGUAUGAGCCUGAGUGGCCUGGCAGGGAUGAAGCAAACAAGAUUGCAGAGAACAAUGACCUACUAUGGAUGGACUACCACCAGAAGCUGGUGGACCAGGCUUUGCUGACCAUGGACACCUACCUGGGCCAGUUCCCUGAUAUCAAGUCACGCAUUGCCAAGCGGGGGCGGAAGCUGGUGGACUAUGACAGUGCCCGGCACCACUAUGAGUCUCUUCAAACCGCCAAGAAGAAGGACGAAGCCAAAAUUGCCAAGGCAGAAGAGGAGCUCAUCAAAGCCCAGAAGGUGUUUGAGGAGAUGAAUGUGGAUCUGCAGGAGGAGCUGCCAUCCCUGUGGAACAGCCGUGUAGGUUUCUAUGUCAACACGUUCCAGAGCAUCGCGGGUCUGGAGGAAAACUUCCACAAAGAGAUGAGUAAGCUCAAUCAGAACCUCAAUGAUGUCCUGGUCAGCCUAGAGAAGCAACACGGGAGCAACACCUUCACAGUCAAGGCCCAGCCCAGUGACAGUGCCCCUGAAAAAGGUAACAAGAGCCCUUCACCUCCUCCGGAUGGCUCCCCUGCUGCUACCCCUGAGAUCAGAGUGAACCAUGAGCCAGAGCCGGCCAGUGGGGCCUCACCUGGGGCCACCAUCCCCAAGUCCCCAUCUCAGCUCCGGAAAGGCCCACCUGUCCCUCCGCCUCCCAAACACACCCCAUCCAAGGAGAUGAAGCAGGAGCAGAUUCUCAGCCUUUUUGAUGACGCAUUUGUCCCUGAGAUCAGCGUGACCACCCCCUCCCAGUUUGAGGCCCCUGGGCCUUUCUCAGAGCAGGCCAGUCUACUAGACCUGGACUUCGAGCCCCUUCCACCAGUGGCAAGCCCUGUGAAGGCACCCACACCCUCUGGUCAGUCAAUCCCAUGGGACCUCUGGGAGCCCACAGAGAGUCAAGCUGGCAUCCUGCCUUCCGGGGAGCCCAGUUCUGCUGAGGGCAGCUUUGCUGUGUCCUGGCCCAGCCAGACAGCCGAGCCAGGGCCUGCCCAACCAGCAGAGGCCUCCGAGGUGGUGGGUGGAGCCCAGGAGCCAGGGGAGACAGCAGCCAGUGAAGCGACCUCCAGCUCUCUUCCGGCUGUGGUGGUGGAGACCUUCUCAGCAACUGUGAAUGGUGCCGUGGAGGGCAGCGCUGGGACUGGACGCUUGGACCUGCCCCCAGGAUUCAUGUUCAAGGUGCAAGCCCAGCAUGAUUACACGGCCACUGACACUGACGAGCUGCAACUCAAAGCUGGCGAUGUGGUGCUGGUGAUCCCCUUCCAGAACCCAGAAGAGCAGGAUGAAGGCUGGCUCAUGGGUGUGAAGGAGAGCGACUGGAAUCAGCACAAGGAACUGGAGAAAUGUCGCGGUGUCUUCCCGGAGAAUUUCACAGAGCGGGUGCAGUGACGGAGGAGCCUCUGCAUCCUUCCGGUGUGUGAAGAACCUUUUCCCAAAAGAUGUGUGCUUUUCUUUUUUUUCUUCAUCUCUCUUCUGUUUUGUUUUUGUUUUGUUUUGAAACUCUUGAAAAGUGUCGGGAAAUUGGAGAGCAGAAACCUAAGCCAAGAGGUGUUCCCCCCAAAGAUGAGGUGGUUUUCCAAAGAGCCGUCCGACCCAGUUCAGUGGACUUCUCCAGUGUUCCCGAAGCUGCUGUGUCCCCUCCCUAGUUGAGUUCCCGAUGCCCGCAUGUUCAGGGCGGGCCGGGGGUGCAGAGCCACCGCCACACUUGCCUGACGCUUGGCCGCGCCACCGAGCAGGGCUUGGGUCCUCUUCUGGCAGCUGCCCUGGGCAGGGCCUGCACACUGGCCCAGCCUGGUCCCGCUCUGCAGACCAACCGUGUGCUGUUUGAAAAUAAGCCCUAGUGUUCAAAAUGCAGCGAAACAAACAAAAAAGAAAAACCUGACAAAACCACCCAGAA